AUGGCAUCUAUUCAGAACCAAGCCGCCUGGCUUCCAUAUGCCGAGGCAAUGCCUCUCCAAGUUGGACCAGCGCCAAGGCCUAGCCCUUCGCCCACGGAGAUUGUCAUCAAGGUUGCAUACGUUGCAAUUAACCCGAUAGAUUGCGGAAUGCAAGCAAGCCCUAAUUUUGAGCUACCAUAUCCUUUUAUUCUCGGACAAGAUGUCGCAGGAACCAUUGUUGAAGUGGGUUCUAACGUGAAGUCCCUCGAGGCUGGCCAAAGGGUGAUUGGACACUGCCACAGCAUCCUUAACGGAAACGCGGCCAAUAGUGGGUUUCAGCUUUACAGCACCUGCUUGGAAAUCCUGGUUGCGCCCAUCCCGGACUCCCUACCUUUCUCUGAAGCCGUUGUCCUGCCUCUUUCAGUUUCCACUGCAGCCAGUGCACUUUAUGUCCAGCUCCAGCUCCCACUACCAUCUUUCGCACCUCGCUCACUUGGCAAAAAAGUCCUACUUUGGGGUGGAAGCUCAUCUGUCGGAUGUUCAGCCAUUCAAUUCGCGGUCGCAUCGGGUCUUAAUGUUGUGACCACCGCUAGUCAGGCCAAUCAUGCGCUGUUGAAGAGCCUCGGCGCUGCCCAAAUCCUUGACUACAAGACUCCCACUAUUAUUGAGGAUCUUGUGAGUGUCUUGGAUGAAGGUGAUUUUGUCGUCGACUGCAUUAGCAGCCCAGAGACACAAGCUUUGUGUGGUGAAAUUCUGAGUAGAAUUGGAGGAGGCAAGCUUCCUGUGAUGCGAUAUCCAAAGGGUAAAUUUCCAGACAAUGUCAAUGUAGCUUUUGUCAAUGGCCUGGACCCCGGCUUGGUUCAUGUGGAAGUUGGAAGAGCAAUCUGGGGAGGAUAUAUUCCCGCAGCGUUGGUAACUGGAACAUUUCAGGUCAAACCAGAGCCAUUCAUCCUCCGCGGGGGGUUGGAAAAAGUCCAGGAUGGCAUUGAUCUUCUUGCAAAGGGUGUCUCAGCACAAAAGAUAGUUGUUGAGAUAUCUCAAGAUUAG